AGUUUGAUGGGUGCUGCUGUUGGUGCUGAAAGAGUCGAGCAGUGAAGGUUAUCGAGCGAGUUGAAGCAACAGAAACAGAGGGUUGCUACGUCUGGUUAAAAUGCUCAUGAACAAACAGCUCUGUUUGUGUUCGGCGAUUGCAAAUGCAUCUGCUACUGCUAAUUUUUCAGUCUUAUCGUCAGUUAACCAUUCCAACAACAUCAACGUUAAUGCAAACGUCUUAAAUCGAGGAAUACUAGUGAAUCUUAAUAUACACAGCUCUCAUCACCAGCUGCAUGCUAAAUAUUAUUCAAACAGCCCCAUAAAUAACGUUCCAAGCAGUCACAGCUUGAGAUCAAUUUCAACUAAUUCGAAUAACACACCUUCUACAUCUACCAAUAUCUAUAAUUUCAACACUUCGAAUUCAAAAUAUAUUUAUUUUUCUUCGUUGUUGUCCAAGAUUGAUACUGUUGAUCCCACUAAUUUCCAGAAUAAUUUGUUCUUCAUAAAAAAUUCUCCCAUCCAGUUUAUUUCAAAUUUAAUCAAAAGCAAUGAUAAGUCAAUUGGUAGUUAUAGAUACAGACAAAAAAACAUUAGUAAUAAAAGGACAAAUGCAUCCUUAGACCUAUCUUCCACUUCGUUGAAUGAUAACUCAAUAUUGGCUACUGUUGGCUCAAAAGUAACCUGCCAAACAACUACCCCAACUUUUUCCUGUCAAACGACAAAUAAUAACGCUCUUAAUAACGAUGAAAAUAAAAACAAUAUCAACACAGAUAGAAGUAAUGGCAGUUUAAAUCCUAAUCCUGAAAAUGGUAUACCGUUUAAAAUAACUCCCAAAAUAAUAACUAAAGAGCAAAUGUUGUCCAAAAGAUCGAAAAAUAUGACCUUUGCAAAAUUAAUUGAUCCAUACAUUGCUUUAUCCAAACCAAGAUUAACUGUUUUAGUUAUGUUGUCUUCAAUUUGCUCCUACGCCUUAAGUCCCUAUCCUGCAACGGUAUCUCAAUUAUUAUUUCUAACAGCUGGUACUUCCUUAGCUUCAGCAUCUGCAAAUGCAAUUAAUAUGGGUAGAGAACCGGAUUUUGAUAGAAGAAUGGUUAGAACUUCAACAAGGCCUGUUGUAACCGGUAUAGUAACACCAAUGCAAGCGUAUAAAUUUGCGACCAUAACUGGUAUAGUUGGUGUCUCAAUGUUAUAUUUGGGUGUCAAUGCUACUGUCGCAACUUUGGGUGGUUUAAAUAUUGUUUUGUAUGCUUGGAUUUAUACCUCGUUAAAGAGAAAACAUAUCAUCAAUACCUGGAUUGGGGCAAUAGUUGGUGCUAUUCCUCCACUAAUGGGCUGGGCUUCCUCUUCUUCUUUAUUACACCCAGGUGCUUGGUGUCUAGCAGGUUUAUUGUAUGCCUGGCAGUUUCCUCAUUUCAAUUCUUUGUCUCAUAAUAUCAGAUACCAAUACAAAGAGGCCGGUUAUGUCAUGACUGCUUUUGAAAAUCCCAAAUUAAAUGCAAGAGUCGGUUUAAGAUAUUCUUUGUUAAUGUUCCCAUUAUGUUUUGGUUUAAGUUACUGGAAUAUUUGCGAUUGGGUGUUCCCCUUUGAUUCUGCUGUUUUAAAUGCUUGGUUGUCGUAUGUCGCUUUUCAAUUUUGGAGACAACAAAGAAAAAAUUAUGGUAAAAAUGGAGAUUCCUCGCCAAAUUCUCCUGGAAUGAAAUUGGCUAAUAUUCAAGCCAAAAAAUUAUUUUGGGGUAGUGUUGGUCAUUUGCCUGGUGUUUUGUUAUUAGCAAUGUUACAUAAAAAGGGUUUAUGGGAUAGGCUUUUGGGAAAUGAGAAAAAUGACAAUUCAAAUAAUAUUCAAAAAAUUUCUGUAUAAAUUUGAUUAUUAUUAAAUAUUUUUUCUGUAAAUAUAAAAGAAAAAUUGACAAAAUGAUAAAAGAUAGAAAUAUAAAAAC